UUUGUUUUCUCCUUAUAAAACCUUUUCCGCUUUCACAGUUGAAUACUCUGAUGCAAAAUUCUGGUUUUCUGGAUCAUCAGGCUCUUACACGAGAAAAUUAUUUGACCUUGUCUACAGCGUUAGAUACAAUAUUCCUGCUCCCUGAGUGUGUCAUUCCAGAUAUGGUUGCUCCCAAAGCAGAUGAGGAGGCCGCAACUUUUCUUGACCAAGCCCUCACUGAUCACACUGAAAACUGAACAUCCCCCUACAGGCUGCGCUUUGCAUUCACAAGUGUCCGAGCAGCCAUUCCGAAGGGCGUUCCCAAGUCUGUGGUGCAAGCCAUGGAGGCCAAUUCGGUCCUUCCUGGUGCUGAGGUUGACCGGUGGUAAACAUCAUUUGAGGAGACAUGCUAUAGAAAAAGAGUUUAAGGUUGACAAAAGUCUGAAAAAUCAGGAAGAAGCCGCUCUUGCUCUGAUCUCAUCUCCCUCUGUCGGUUCUGAGUGCAUGACGUAUCAAGCAGGUUCAUUCAUGGGUCGAGGUGCGCCCCUGGUGGCUGUAACAUGUGCUUCAAUUGUGGACAGCCUGGUCAUUCCGGCCACAAGUGCAGACAGCGACCUCAAGCGUCUGAACGGAGCAUGUGGCUAAGAUCAAGGAGGUUACACCCAACCCCAAGAGAGUCAAACCAACAGUCACAGACUCUUUUGGCUUCUUUUGUGUUUGCAUCUAACUGUCCAGUCAAUCUUUUGGGCAGAGAUCUCUUAUCGCCACGUACCCUCUCAUCAAAUGCAGCCUUGAUGGACUCAUCCUGGAAUUUCCAGAUGGUAACACCUACUGCUGCUCUGCCUCCGGUGCCACCUCCCAGUUCCCGCUUGUUGAACAACGCCCUGUGGCAUGCGCCACUGCUGACAUCUACUGGGAAUGAAUGGAUAUUGACUCCUGUGGUUGGCUCAAAGCUGAACAAUUUUGGACUCUCUGGUCACCUUGGGUUCGCAACCUCAGAUUUUAUGAUAUGGUAACUGAUUGUAUGCAUUGUUCUCUGUAUUAUAACAGAUCAGGGGAUGAGAUGUAUAGUGAGGCAUUUCAGGAAAUUGAAAACAACAUAUGGGAAUUAAACAUGGGUGAUUUGUUUGCAGCCAAACGAGUUGUCACUUUUUCAGUGUUCCUGACUCCUGAACAACUCAAAUAGUACACGAUGGCGGAUCCCCCGGAUCCUCCUAUGCCUCCUUGUGACCCACAUGUCUCCUUGAUGGUCUCGCCUCAGCACACAGCGAAGGAUCUCGGUCCAUUUGUCCUGGCAUGCACACAGGCCACUGAUUGGCAAAAUUAAUUUCACUAAGAGGUUGGGAUGAUUGGCAUUUCGGAAACAAUUGACGGAGUGUUGUGUGAAAUUCCUGGCUCUGAUUUUAACACCCCCAUCUUGCCUGUUGAAGAAAAACACUGGAAAGUUUCGCAUGAUCCAUGACCUGCGAGCAAUUAAUGCCGCACUCGGCAUUGUCCCAAAUUACAUCAGCCCACACUCAUUUCACUUGCAUUGACUUGGCUAAUGCUUUCUUUUGCUUCACCCUUCAAUGAAACAAAUUUUUGCUUUCACUUGGAAUGGUGUUUGCUACUCCUACUCCUCACCUGCCUCAAGGCUUUGUUCUUUCACCGGUACUCUUCAAUGACUGUCUUUGUCAGUUCCUGUCUCCGUUUGAAUUGAUUCACGGGGUUGUCCUGGUGCAGUAUGUGGAUGACCUCUUGCCGGCGGCUCCAUCUGAAACUUCUUGUCUCGAAGCCACUAGGUCUAUGCUUUCUCAUUUGGCCUCUGUUGGACUGAAGUGUUCCAAGUCCAAAAUCCAGAUUGCAACUACUCCAGGCAUCAUGUUCCAAACUUUGCUGAACUCACUCACCCACUCAGAUGGAUGGUCAAUGAACAAGGUAUGUGCAAUCUUUCUAACAGUCUUUGUUGGACCGGAAGCAGACACUUCCUUCAUCUCUUUGAAACAACACCUUUCCAGUGCCGCAGCUCUUGCGAUUCCUAAUUACAGUCGCAUGUUCUAUCUUGAUGUGUCUGAAAAGAUCAGCAGUGUUUCUGCUGCUCUAUAUCAGAAAGGGGAGGGAGGAAGUCGACACGUUUGUCUAUAUGCAUCAACUCCAUUGGAAAAAUACGAGCGAAGACACUCAAUUUGCGCUUCUUUCACAUCUGCUCUAGCCAGAGUGAUUCAGAAGACUUCUCACAUUGUUCUUCAUCAUCCGCUGACUGUGCGAAUAUCACACAGUACCGUCCAGUACGUCAUGAGUCCAUCUUUCACCAUGACCGGAGGAAGACAGAGGAAAAUUGAAGCAAUUUUAACACAACCACAUAUUCUCUUUACUCAUGAAGGGGUAAACAUGGCUGAAGGUCUGCUCGGAGGAGAACCGCAUUGUUGUGUACAAAAAACGACGGGAGGAAACUCACUCCACACUGGACUCUAUGAGACACCUCUUGACAACCCGGACUUGAUUCUUUUCACAGACGGAUAUUGCUUCAAAGGCAACGAUGGCCUAGAAUCUGGAUUUGCAGUAACCCAACCCACAGAAACAGGUUCUGAAGAAGAGCAAGCAAAAAGAAUUCCAGUCUCCCAGUCAGCACAAAGAGCAGAAAUUUUUGCGGUAACAGCAGCUCUCAAGUUGGCAAAAAAAUCAGUCAAUUAACAUUUACACAGAUUCGGCGUAUGCACACAUGACAGUUCAUGUUUCAUUAAAAGAAUGGCAGCGAAACGAUUUCCAAACUCCAACCGCUACACCCAUUAAACAUCAGGAUGACAUUCUCAAAUUGCGAGAUGCUUUAAUGCUCCCGACCGCAGUUGCAGUCCUUAAAUGGAAAGGUCACUCUCGAACUAAUGUUUUUGUAUCAGCAGGAAAUGAAUCAGCAGAUCAAGCAGCAAAAAAGGUUGAGGGGUACCGACCAACACUACAGCUUACUGUAAGUGAGUCUGAAUGUGACAAUCAACAGGAGGUGACAGUAGAAACAGUUAAGAUGUGGCAGGAAAAAGCAAGUCCAGAAGAAAAGUGUGUGGAAGUCGAAAGGGGGUGUCAAAGAUGAGGAUGGCAUAUGGCGAAAAGAGGGUGAACUGCAGGACUACAGCGUUUGCGGUAGGUAUAACAGUAUGCUUACAACGAAAUCACCACAGGGAGUCCAGGAUCCGGACG